UCAGUCGACUUUUGUACGUCGAGCAAAAAAGAGCAUUCGAAAAUAUACGCUUGCUUCCUACACUUAUAGAAUUUUGUUUACGCAGCGCGAGUAAAACAAAAUAUUGUAGCGUAGCGAAAUAGUUUUCUUAUAUACCUACAAGCGUUCUGGAAUUUGUGGAAUUUUUAUAUCGGCUGGCGCGAAAUCAGCUUUAUAUAUAAACAUAAACAUGCAGGAGUUAAUUGCCAUUCCAAAUUUGUCAGAUAGCUUGGCAACAGAGACACAUCGUAAACUUUGCAGCAUUGUGGACGAUAUUAACAAUAUAAACAGAGCAGUAUCCUCCGAUACAGGUGUGGAACAAACAGAACUUGAAUGCAAAAGUCAAAAAACUACUGACCAGCUUAGCCACACACCUUAUCCAGGCAUUUCACGCCUCAGUCCUUCUCUUUACUUAUGUGGCGCCUUGGCGGUUAAUCCUUUGAUUCUGGAUAAGCUGAAUGUACGCUGCGUGGUAAAUGUUGCUCCGGAGUUGCCUGAUACGCCGCUUCCCAACAUUGACAGUCCCUUGUACCUGCGCAUCAAUGCACAAGAUCGUGCUGGAGUUAAUCUCUCCACGCACUUUGACGAAGUUGCGGAUUUAAUAGAGCAGGUGCGUCUGAGCGGCGGCAGUUCCCUGGUGCACUGUGUGGCUGGUGUAAGUCGCUCGGCCACGCUUUGCCUGGCGUAUCUGAUGAAGCACAGUGGCAUGAGUCUACGGGAAGCUUAUAUGCAUGUGCAGGCCAUAAGACCGCAGGUGCGUCCUAAUUCAGGAUUCUUUCAGCAGCUGCGCGAGUAUGAGACUGAAUUGCAUGGCAGUUGCUCAGUUGAAAUGAUUUACUUUGCUUCGCUGGAUAAAGAAAUUCCGGAUCUCUUGGAGCCACAAUAUAGAGCCAUGGAGGACUUUUACCAAAGAUAUCGCAGUGCGCUUAAGAAGCGUUAGUUAACAUAUUUACUUAAUAAUUAAUGUAGUUUGUAACUAGUAUUAUUACUCGAUUAGUUAAACAAAUGCUGAACAUUUUACAAUACAAUUAUAUUUCAAAAACACAUUAAUUCGUUGAAUCACAAACUCUAUGCAUGUAUAGUAUUUACACAUUUAAGAAUAAAAACAUUGUAAUUAAAUCAUAUCUACAUGUGUAUAUGUUAUAUAUACAUCAAUUUAUUAACUUAUUGUUUUUUGUUUCCAUUAAAUGCUGCACAGUAUUGUACUCAGACCAACUCUUAAGACUCUGACUCUACAAUUCACGUUUCAAUUUAAACUUAUUUAAAUUAAUGUCGCAGUCUAUAUGCACAAAAAGCAAAAA